AGCCAAUAUGGCGACUUUCACAGUGAAAUAGGAGGCAUGGCAAAUUUCUACUGUCAGAUAUGAGUGUUAGUUGACACUGGACAUGUUAUAAAACACAAUGGCUGAACCGAGGAGUGAUGGGAGUUUCGCUCGCUACUACUGCACCGCCGGAAACGGGAUGGAGACGUUUUUAAUGGACGAGGUGAAGCGGAAGCUGGCAGCUGAAGAUGUGUGUCAGAUGCCAGGUAAGGUGUUGUUCAGCUCCUCAGCAGGGAUCAACAGGGUCAGUGAGCUGAAGGCUGCAGAGAGACUCUUCCUCCUGUUGAAGCAAGACUCACCUGUGCGGCUGUCUGCCCACAUCAGCCCAGCAAAAGCAGCCUCUGUGCUGCAGUCCCGACUCUUGGGUGACAGCAAUCAGUGGACCAGUGCUGUAAUGACAUGGAGCCGCCUGCAGGGGGAGCUGGCAGCCAGAAGGACUACUGCCAAACCACAGAGCACUACUCUGGGAGUGACAAGGAAGAGGGAGGGGGACAGAGGGAGUGAAGAGCCUCAGAGUGAGACAGUAAGGAGAGGGGGAACGUCGAGCGGAGAAACCUGUGGAGGUGAAGCCCAGACACUGGAGAAAAAGAGGAAGAGGGAUGAUGAAGACAAAAAUGCAAAGAAAGAGGGAACAUCUGGGAGAGAAAGAAAGAGACGGGAUGAUGAAGAGGGGAGGAGGAUGGUUAUGGAGUUUAGUAGCUGUGGACAAAAGGGAAAAGAAGGAAUCACAUCAGAAACAGGUUUGUGUGGCAGAGCAUCAGUGUGUGCCCAAGCAACACCAGGACCAGACCACAGUGUGGACAGAAGCUGCAGGAGGAUGGAUGGCACGGCUGAGGACUCAACUGUGGAACAUGACAAGACUACUGAGGGAGGAGAUAACACACUACUGCAGCCCAGGAGGAUCAACCCAGAGCCUUUGUCUCCUGUGUCGGUCUCUUUUAGGAUCAGCUGCAAGUGUACUGGAUCUUUGUCCAGAUUCUUCAGCACACAGGAGGUGAGCAGAGUGAUUGGAGUAGGUCUGAGCAGACUGCUGGGCUGGAGGGUUGACCUGAAGAAUCCACAGCUGGAGGUGCAUGUGUAUCUGAGUGAUGACCACUGCCUGCUGGGGAUCCCACUAACCAGGUUACCUCUUGCUAACCGGAGCUACAUUAAAACCACAGGACUGAGGUCGACUGUAGCCUGGGCUAUGACCUCACUGGCUCAGAUACAGCCAGGCUUCUGUGUGGUCGACCCGAUGUGUGGGGUGGGAACCAUCUUAAUAGAAGCAGCACAGGAACACAAGGCUGCCUGUUUCCUGGGUACAGACAUUGAUGAUGGACAGCUGCAGAAGGCCAAUGAGAACGUAGCAUUUGCAGAGCUGGGAAACAGGAUACACCUGCUGAAAGCUUCAUCUAUGAUGCUGCCUCUGCCCAGUGCCAGUGUCGAUGCUGUAGUCUGUGACCUGCCAUUUGGCAAGAAGUUUGGCACCAAAACAAACAUGGCUGCCAACCUGCCACUCAUCCUCACUGAGAUGGAGAGAGUCCUCUGUAUUGGCGGUUGCCUGGUUCUCCUACUGAGCCCCCAGUUAUCCUGUCUCCUGAAAAAACUCCUGGCACAGAGAGAUACCGGACCAGCGUCUCACCAGGAAACAAAGCCUCAAACCGGGAUACAGGGCUGCCCAUCUCCUUCUCCAACAAAGCAGCCGACAUCCCAAAUCCACCGGGAGGUCAAAUCCCCACCUACCCAAGAAACAGACCCUCAGUCUGGGCUGCAGCAUAAUCUGCCUCCUUCUCUCUCCUCCCUGAAGCACCAGGCAACUUUUAGAGUCAGCUUAGGUGUGAUAGAUGGACUCAUCCAUAAAUAUGUCAAGAUGGACUCUUGAUCAGUGAUGGUGGAUGUUACAUUUCUAAGUAAUUAGUUGUCAUGAAAAUUAAGUCAUUACAAUGAAAUGCUACAC